AUGCAGCAGAAGCUGGCUGACACAGAGAGGCGCUGUGCCGUGCUGGCUGCUCAGGCCUCUGGCCAGGGCUCCACCAAGGCCUCCGUAGCCGGGUCAGAAGACACCUUCAUCAGCCGCCUGCUGGACAUCGUGUCCGAGCUCUACCAGCAGGACCAGUACAGGUGAGGGUAGUGGUGUGGAGGGGAGGUGUGUAUUUGUGUGUGUGUGAGUGGGGGGGGUGGCAUGUAGUGUGUGAUGUAUGCAGUGACAUACUCCCAUGGUCACACCAGGUAAGAAGACAUUUACAUUUUACAUUUUAGUCAUUUAGCAGACGCUCUUAUCCAGAGCGACUUACAGUUAGUGAAUACAUAUAUAUAUAUUUUUUAUACUGGCCCCCCGUGGGAAUCAAACCCACAACCCUGGCGUUGCAAACGCCAUGCUCUAUCAACUGAGCUACAUCCCUGCCGGCCAUUCCCUCCCCUACCCUGGACGACGCUGGGCCAAUUGUGCGCCACCCAUGAGUCUCCCGGUCGCGGCCGGCUGCGACAGAGCCUGGAUUCGAACCAGGAUCUCUAGUUGCGAUGCAGUGCCUUAGACCACUGCGCCACUCAGACCUACUGUGCUUUUGCUCCUUCGUUUUCUUGAGGUGGAGAACAAGAAAAUAAUUGCACUUGAUGUGAUAUCAUUGGUCAAUGACACCAAGGAUACAUUUUUCCCCAUCGAUUAUACCAAACCGGUCUUAGAUUCUAUGAUUCACAGAUAUCUACAGAAAUCCUGAGAAAUUACGCAAUACCUACCUAGUUACUUUAGCUAUGAAGAUAUUCUUUCUCACUUAUGUUGUGGUUGUUGCCAUGUUUGUAGUGAUCUGAAGGUGACUGUUGGAGAGACGACGCUCAACGCUCACAAGUUUGUCCUGGCUGCUCGCAGUGAUGCCUGGAGCCUGGCCAACCUGGCCUCCACCUCCGAACUGGACCUGUCUGGUGAGCUACCCUCCCUUCUGUCACACUCACGUCACUAUAAUCCAGAAUUUAAUCUCUGUUAACCCAGAAGUAAAAUCUCACAUAUUUUGGUUUGUUACGCCAUGAACUUGCUGAGCAAAAACAAAGACUCCACCCUCGAGUCCAUUGUGUUCACGGUUUUGGUUUCUUCCAACAACUGCAUUUAAAAGCGGUUCAUUGAUAGUGUAGCUUUAGUUCAGUUAAGUUAUCUUUCGUUCCACUCUGGGUAGUUAAAACCGUCUCUCCCAUGCUGGGUGUUCCAGAUGCCAAGCCGGAGGUUGCCAUGGCGAUGUUGCGCUGGGCCUACACAGACGAUCUGGAGCUCAGUGAGAACGAUGCCUUCCUCAUCGACCUGAUGAAGCUGGCCAACCGCUUCCAGCUGCAGCUGCUCCGAGAAAGGUAGGCAGGGGCUGAAACACAUUGGCUGUGUUUGAGAGCAUCAAUUCUGCUUAGUCACGGAUCGGUUACCGACUGUCAUCUCAAACUCACAUACACACACUCUGGGGGCUAUAAGGUGUUCUAAAGCCAAGUGUGUGUUUACUGCCUAAGGGCACAUGUACUCUUUGUGUUUUCCUUUCCUCUAGGGUGGCUAUAAAUGCAUUGUCCAAUAUUUCUGAUUGACAUCAGUGUUCUCAAACACUGCUUUUGUUCUCUUGGAACAGGUGUGAGAAAGGGGUGAUGUCAUCUGUGAACGUGAGGAACUGUAUCCGGUUCUACCAGACGGCUGAGGAGCUGGACGCCACCACCCUCAUGAACUACUGCGGAGAGAUUAUCGCCAGCCACUGGGUGAGUCUCCACUGUUCCACUGACUGUCCAACUGUGGACAGGACUGUCUCCAUGUUUAUCGGAAAGUCCUGGCUGGGAUUGAAGGGGCUUGAAUCAAUACACAGUUCAUUUCAUAUCUCAGAUGAUGUCCAGUAGUGCUCGGCCUGAUCAUGCAUCACUCAUUAUACUGUCAUCUCAAUUUACAGUGCUAUUGAUUAUUCUCUAGCUCCCAUCUGGAUGAUCUGUUACAUACUUCACUCUCCUUAACCUCAUCUAAAAAUAUGUUUCGAAAUACCUUAAAGGGAAGAUUGCAGAAUUAGGUUGCUGUUAAAACAUUCUGAUUUGUUUCAUCCUUCCAACUAAAAGUCCCAAUGCGACAUAUCACUUUACAUUUGUAUUUUGGGAGAAAGUUAUAUUUGACCGAAGUCAUGUCGGUAAAGUGACGUAAAGAGGAGCACUACACGAGCAGGAGUGAAGCAAGCCACUGUCCACAUAAGACGGUAAAGAACGAGUCCUAUUCUUUGCACAUUGAAAAAUGGCAAUUUAUCAUUGACCAUAUCCUCUAGUUUAAUUAUUCUGUAUUGCAAAAUAAUUUUUGCUUAUACAGCGUGCAGGCUUUUAGCAUAGCCCCUUUUACACCCCUGCUAGCUUACCCCUACUAGCUAACCACUAGCAUCCAAUAAACGCAUCACUUAUUAGCAGUUCAGCACAUCAACAUUUCUCGUACUGUUACACAAAAUCAAGAUAAACCUUUACCGUCAUAGUAGACAUUGAACGUUUAUAACCAAACUGGCUAAAACUCUGUUGGCCGAUGGUAGCUAUAGCUAGCCACAUGCUAACCUAAGUGCUACCACUAGCAGUAGUAAAUCCAGGUAUAGUUGCUAAAACAAACAUCGCCUUCCAUGAUAUCCUGCAUGUUAUGUCGGCCUAUAAUGACCAAGCAGUUCAUCGAAAAUAAAGACAUAAACAAUUACAUUAAUCAGAUUGGUAUUUGACCAUUCAUUUCUGCAAAACAUGCAGUAUUCUGUUGUUGUAGUUGUUGUAGCUAGCUUGCUAGCUAGCUUAUUCUAUCACCAAACACCAUGCUAGAUCCGUGUGAGUGGGCCAAUUAAUUUUGCAUGGCCCAGUGCACUUGGAUAACUGUAUAUCUAACUUUUUUAUAAUCUACUAGCAACAUGACAUGACAAAACUAUUUUGCGCACUUUAGUACCUACUUACCCGAUUCAGCGCCAUCACCGAAGCCGCCCUGUGGUGCUGUAACACCGUUGGUGUCAGUGGACUUGGAACCUACAUAUACUGUGGGCACAGAACCAGUUUUUAGCCUCCGCUUCAUGGUGAAUCCACUCUUCCACUGUUGGAAGCCGUCAUAAACGUUUGGGGCAAAGUGAGCCCCGACUAUGACUGAAGGGCCAGGGGUUCCCCUGACCCAGUCUGCCUGAAGCGGUACAACUUUUUUCUCGCAUUUCGACCAAACAUGCAUGCCAGUAAACGGUGCACUGCCGCCACCACCAGGCCGUUCCUCUCUUGACGUCAAAGCCGCAAGGUAUUGUUGGUAUGAGUUUUUGAUAAAUGUAAUUCAAAUUGCGAAAAUAGAACUGUGUAAUAUUUGUUGUUCAUAAACUUUUGCCUAAAGACCGAUUUUAGAUGGAAUAUCAUCUCUCUACUUUGUUAGAUUUGCGGAAAUAUAAUGUGUAACCUGUCCUUUUUAAAUGAAAAUGAAUCCAGUCAAUAAUCUAGCAGCCAAGUUGUACUCAACAGCUCAAUCUCUAUGGUAUCACUACUUAGUUUCCCGUAGCAACCACAGUGAUUCCCCUAUAUUUAUUUAGCAAAUCGUUGCUGCCGCUCCAAAAGAUACUGUAUGAAAAAUGUUCUCUCUCAAAAAAUUGUUUAAAUAUAUAUACACUACCGGUCAAAAGUUUUAGAACACCUACUCAUUCAAGGGUUUUUCUUUAUUUUUACUAUUUUCUACAUUGUAGAAUAAUAGUGAAGACAUCAAAACUAUAAAAUAACACAUAUGGAAUCAUGUAGUAACCAAAAAACUGUUAAACAAAUCAAAAUAUUUUAUAUUUGAGAUUCUUCAAAUAGCCACCCUUUGCCUUGAUGACAGCUUUGCACACUCUUGGCAUUCUCUCAACCAGCUUCUCCUGGAAUGCUUUUCCAACAGUCUUUAAGGAGUUCCAACAUAUGCUGAGCACUUGUUGGCUGUUUUUCCUUCACUCUGCGGUCCGACUCAUCCCAAACCAUCUCAAUUUGGUUGAGGUCGGGUGAUUGUGUAGGCCAGGUCAUCUGAUGUAGCACUGAAGGUGUGUUGGGUCAUUGUCCUGUUUAAAACAAAUGAUAGUCCCACGAAGCCCAAACCAGAUGGGAUGGCGUAUCACUGCAGAAUGCUGUGGUAGCCAUGUUGGUUAAGUGUGCCUUGAAUUCUAAAUAAAUCAGACAGUGUCACCAGCAAAGCACCUCCACACCAUAAUACCACCUCCAUGUUUUACGGAGGGAAAUACACAUGCAGAGAUCAUCAGUUCACCCACACUGCGUCUCACAAAGACACAGUGGUUGAAACCAAAAAUCUCCAAUUUGGACUCCAGACCAAAGGACAGAUUUCCACCAGUCUAAUGUCCAUUGCUUGUGUUUUUGGCCCAAGCAAGUCUCUUCUUAUUGGUGUCCAUUAGUAGUGGUUUCUUUGCAGCAAUUAGACCAUGAAGGCCUGAUUCACACAGUCUCUGAACAGUUGAUGUUGAGAUGUGUCUGUUACUUGAACUCUGUGAUGCAUUUAUUUGGGCUGUAAUUUCUGAGGCUGGUAACUCUAAUGAACUUAUCCUCUGCAGCAGAGGUAACUCUGGGUCUUCCAUUCCUGUGGCGGUCCUCAUGAGAAUGCCAAGAGUGUGCAAAGCUGUCAUCAAGGCAAAGGGUGGCUAUUUGAAGAAUCUCAAAUAUAAAAUAUAUUUUGAUUUGUUUUAACACUUGUUUUUGGUUACUACAUGAUUCCAUAUGUUAUUUCAUAGUUUUGAUGUCUUCACUAUUAUUCUACAAUGUAGAAAAUAGUAAAAAUAAAGAAAAACCCUUGAAUGAGAAGGUGUUCUAAAACUUUUCACUGUGUGUGUUUUUAUUUAUUUAUUUGGGAUGGUAAAAUGUUUUCAGUGUAAACUUAAAUGACUAAAACCAGGAUAGGAAGUAUAUAGAAAAGAUAAUGGAGCAAUAUAUAUUUAAAUAAGAUCAUCUUUGAGCACUAACGAUCACCAAAAUUAACUAGACAGUCAGGGAGAAUCUAAAAUUCCAAAAAUGUCAUGGCAUGGGGCCCCCAUUGAUUUUGUUGUUCUGUUUAAGUGAUUCCGAUAGCAUAAGAACACGGCAUAAGCAAUGGCAAAAUGUCGUAUUGCAGCGAACUUGCUUUAAAACUGUAAACUUUUCUUUCUGCCUAUGGCAAAAUGUGUAGAACAGAACAUUUGCUUUAAAACAGCAACAUUUUGUCUAAGGACAGACUCAAAUGUUUGGUCGGCGACCACACCAUUGGUCAUGCCCACCGCUGCUGAAAAAAAUCCUAGGGGAAACACUGAAACUGGUCGCCUGGACUGUCUCCAUGUGUCCAGUCUGUGGGGUGUAUCCCAUGUCUUUUAAGUCCUGAGCCCAGACCUGAGUUAUAUCUCUCUCUCUCUGUGUCAAGGAGCCCAUCGUCUUAUAACCUCAUAAAUCCCAUGCUCGGCGGCCAGAAUCCUGUGAUUCUCAAGGUCCUGUUAAUGACUAGGACCGAGGAAAUGACUUGUCAUUUUUCUUCAGCUGACUGCUGUUAGUGCUGCUGCUGACGCUGUGUGACUGACUGCUGUGGCUCCUGAAGCCUCAAUCUGCUGUUUCAUUAUACUUGUAUUACUCUGGCGUAGGCUUUGAUUAGAGGUUUGGACUGAGGAAAAAGACAAAAGAAACUGGAAAGAAAUGAAAUAUUGAAGACACGCAUCCUCCUGUCUUACUGUAACACCACUUAGAUCAUAGAAUUUCUAGAAGGGACAAAGCCCCUCAAGACCACCUUGAAUGGGAAUGUCUGUUCUAGUAAUUAUAUUUCUGUGACCCAGAUGACAGAGCAUUUUUCAUAUUAAAAAAUAAAAUAAACUCCUAUCUUUGUCUCAACAGGAUGACCUGAGGAAAGAGGACUUCAGCACUAUGAGUGCUCCGCUGCUCUACAAGAUGAUCAAGUCUAAAACAGAUUUCCCACUUCACAAAGCCAUCAAAGUCGAGAGGGAAGACGUGGUCUUCCUCUACCUCAUUGAGAUGGACUCGCAGGUGAGUGAAAGCUUCACAGGUUUGCCUCGGAGACCCCCCAAGUAGUUUCAGGGCUUGUAAAAUUAUACCUAGGCUAAAUAUAAGCCUUGCACAACCAAAAGACUCACUAAUAAUUUCAUUAUUUUAUCAAAACAGUUUAACCUGCUUUUUUUGCAAAAAUCACUGAUCUGACUUUCAAGUCUGUCUAUGAAAAUGCCAUUUUUGUUACUAUAACCAAAACCAUGCAAAAUGCAGUGCACAUUAAUAAUGACCAACUUCUGGUAGCAGGCAUUCUAGAACAUUAACACAGGUCUCAUAAACAAUCUCUGAAGCACAAGCCCACAUGCUAGUGAGUAGCCAGCUAAUCUUUAUAUUUCGAGUUUAGCCAACUUGGAUCUAUUUGCUAGCUAACAAAGUAGAACAGUUGAAUUGUUAUGAACACACCCUCCUGUAUGUCUCCAACCUCCAACUGUUAGAACAACAGCCUGUUCACUUUGUUUAGAUGUUGAAAUCAAGUGGCCUACCUGGGUAAGAAGAUAAGCAUUUCUCAAGUUGCUAUGCCAAUUCCUUAUAUAAAUAUGUGUUAUGCUGCAAGCAGUGCGUGACAAACUGAGCAUAAUUUUCCACAAUCAUGUUCAUUGGGCUCCCGUGUGGUGCACCGGUCUAAGGCACUGCAUCUCAGUGCUUGAGGCGUCACUACAGACCCCCUGGUUCGAUUCCAGGCUGUAUCACAACCGGCCGUGAUUGGGAGUCCCGUUGAGUGGCACGCAAUUGGCCCAGCGUCGUCCAGGUUUGGCCGGUGUAGGCCGUCAUUGUAAAUAAGAAUUAGUUCUUCACUGACUUGCCUAGUUGAAUAAAAAAAACAAAUGAAUCCUCCCGUUUCAGUAGGAUCUGCUAUGUUCUAAAUGUUGGAAGUCGAGAUAAAAGGGUAUCAUUAGAAGGGGAAUCAACCGAUUUCUGUUGGACCAAACCUCAAAUGCAAAUAGCGAGUUGAAACUGCUUGUUGUCACAGAGGAAGAAGGGAUCUUUUGUCGAGUGGCGGGGGGAGGGGCUUGGUGUUUGUGCGAGUGGGAAGGUGCAUGGUACACACAGCACACAAGGAGCGAUGAAGAAGAGACUAAAAAGGUAUUGCGAUACAGGCAUUUGGAACAUCGUGCUAAAAGAUUCAUUUGAUUUAUCACCCAGCCCCGUAUUCACAAGGAGUCUCAGCUGGAGUGCUGAGAAAGGAUCCGUUUACAGAGCAGUGUUGAGAAGCCAACUAGACCGUUUUUAUAAAAAAAUGUAUACAUGUUGUAUUCUCCACAUCUCCAGUUGCCUGGGAAGCUGAAUGAACUGGACAACAAUGGCGACUUGGCCCUGGACCUGGCUCUGUCUCGUAAACUGGAGAGUAUCGCCACCACGCUGGUCAACAACAAAGCAGACGUGGACAUGGUGGACCAGAGUGGCUGGAGCCUCCUUCACAAAGCCAUCCAAAGAGGUAGUGGGUGUCGCACAUUCUUUCUCUACAGUAUGUCACGUAAUAUAUAUGGCUUCAGGUACAUUGCAUUAUCAACAACAACCCUCCCCAUGUAAGCUCAAUGCUGGGCUAGAGAUGAACCGUGUUGAAUACUAAGGGUAAAGACACACCCCAUUGUGUGUCCUACUUCUCCACACGUCUCCUGAUGUGCGCACUACUACAGCACCCGCACACACAGCCAGUCAUGGAAUGGGAAAGUGUGGAGAAUGGAGACGUGCGUCUUGAUUCCCUCACCCUUUCUUCUCUUCCUCUGCCCCCGCAGGUGAUGAGUUCGCCUCCACCUUCCUGAUCCGCCACUCGGCCCAGGUGAACGCGGCCACGGUCGGGGCGGUGGAGACCCCCCUGCACCUGGUGUGUUCUUUUAGCCCCAAGAAGCACUCUGGGGAGGUGAUGAGUGGCAUGGCCCGCAUCGCAGAGGCCCUACUCAAGAUAGGGGCCAACCCCAACAUGCAGAACAGCAAGGGAAGGUGGGUAAUACUAUACAGCAAUCACUCUGAUCCAUUGAGCCCAUCUGGUGUGAUAUAGCAACGGUCUAUUCGAGUUGGAGCUUGAUUUAGACUGAUUGUUCUGACUUCAAAUCAGCAUCUGAACUUUAUAGACACAAUCUGCCAUUGCUUCUAAUGCUUUGAUCUGUUUGUGUGAGUUUUUUUUCUUCAUGAUCCCAAUACUGUGAUGCUAUACGUUUUUGGUUUUUGUUUCACAGAACUUCCCUACAUGAAGCGGUGGUGUCGGGGAACGAGCCUGUGUUCAACCAGCUCCUACAGUGUAAACAGUGAGUUAAAACAGAAAACCUUUUACUAAACCAACCACAUGUCCUAGUCCCCAUUGACCUUAUUGAAAACAUCCUGAGGUGUAGCCUCUAUUUCCUGCUGUAUUACUGUCAUAUUUCCUUCUCUCUUUCCCCAUUCCUCUCUUUCCUCCUUUCCUCUCCUAUUCCCUCCUCUGUUUGCCCCUUUCCUCUCGCCCCCCCCCCCCCCCCCCCCUCUUUCCUCCCCUUUUUCCUCCUGUGCCUCUCUCCUCAGGCUGGACCUGGACCUGAAGGACCAUGAGGGGAGCACAGCUCUGUGGCUGGCCCUGCAGUACAUCACCGUGUCCUCUGACCCCAACGUUAACCCCUUCGAGGACGACGCUCCGGUGGUGGAGAAUGGAACAUUGUUUGAUGAAAACAGCUUUGCUGCCCAGCUCAUCCAGAGAGGCAGUAACCCAGACGCACCAGACACAGCCACAGGUAAAAUGUCUGAUUUGAAGGGAAUAUGGGAUGGGAUAAUGUAUACAUGUUUAUGUAUGAUUUGUAACUUGAAUGAAUAAUAAUAAAAUAAAUAAAGUAUUAAACGAUAUGGAAGUCAGUGCACUAUUAUGUUGUUGAAUCUUACACUCUUUUUCUCCUUCUCUCGCUUCUUCCUUCCCUCCAUCCAUCCCUCCUCAGAGAACUGUCUCAUGCAGAGGGCAGCGGGUGUUGGCAGUGAGGCUGCCGCCCUCUUCCUGGCCACACAUGGGGCAAAGGUCAACCAUGCCAACAAAUGGGUAUGAAAUGAUGUACUGCAGAAUCACAUGAUACAUCACACCCCUGUCAGUUCAUCACAAAUGACUACUUCAGACACUACAGUGCAAUAGUGAAUCUUAAGUUCUGCUGCUUCAAACUGCACUGCAUCACAAACUACUGCGUCAUACAAGCUAUAAAAAAAAAACACACUCUAUCCUGUCUGUUUGUAUGUCUGACUCUCUGUGUAUGUAUGUCUCCUCCUCCUCCCCCAUAGGGUGAGACCCCUCUCCACACGGCGUGUCGCUGUGGUCUGGCUGGCCUGACGGCAGAGCUGCUCCAGCAGGGGGCUAACCCUAACCUGCAGACCCAGAAGGCCCUCCCCGAUGAGGCCCUGGCCCAGGGGGUGUCCCUGCAGAGCCCCCUCCACAUGGCCAUCGUACACAACCACCCCGACGUGGUGUCAGUCAUCCUGGAACAGAAAGGUAGGUUAGUGGACAGUGGGCAGCAUCUCCACGUCAAUCAGCCCAGGAGAUGAAUGAACAUGAUUGACACCCAGAGGGAAUAUUGAAUUUGUUACCGGCAUACCGACAAUGUCAUUUCCUGGUGUUUCCAGCCAAUGCUCUUCACGCCACCAACAACCUACAAAUCAUCCCAGACUUCAGCCUCAAAGACUCCAUGGACCAGACGGUGUUGGGCCUAGCCCUCUGGACAGGUAGGCUUCACUAACAACAAAAACACUACACUCACCAGAUGGGUAGCUACUAGCUAUGUCAGUGUGAAAGAGCUGGCCGACGCUCUAUCAAUUAAAAUGCAUUUAAAGGGAUACUGUGAGAUUAUGGAGUUUGUCUACAUAAACAGAGUCAGAUUAACUUGUGGAUAUCAUUUUUAUCUCUGUGUGCAGUAUGAAGGAAAUUAGAGGUAGUUUUGUGAGCCAACGCUAACAAGCGUUAGCGCAAUGACUGGAAGUCUACAGGUAGGCUAGCAUAUGCUAAUGUGCCUUUAGACUUCCAGUCAUUGGAAGUCUACAGGUACUCCACAAAUUCAUCUGACUCUGGGUAAGUAGAAAAACAACUUAAUUGCCAGAAUUGCGGAGUAUCCUUUUAAAAACAGACUGAGUAGCUUCAUGUCCUUGUAGGGCUCACUCCUUCACACUUCCUCCUCCUUUUCCAGUCUCGCAUGCCAUGGAUAGCGAGACAAACGGAGGUAUGUGCAGCCAAACGUUUCUAGUCAUGAUAGUCCAACCUAAAACAUAGUCCAUAGACCGGUGGUUUUCAACCUGUGGGUCCGCACAUUUUAAACGUAAAAAAAUUAUAGAUUAAUUUUCUUCCUAAAUUAAUAACACUUGGGAGUAUUAAUAGUAUUUUAAGCUAUUUUUACAUGUACUUUUCACAAUGCAAAUUGUUAAUAAUAAUAGUAGGCCUUUAACUUGUAACAUUCACUGCUAAAAUGGACUAAAUUUGACCACCAAGAUAAUUUUUAGAAAUUAUUUGUGACUCCGCGAAUGGUGGUCCUCGUGCUUUUGACUGAUUUGGUGGUCCCCGGAACGGAGAAGGUUGGGAACCGCUGCUAUAGACGUAGUCCCCACUGUAGUCUAGCAGUAGCUCCCCUUACAGAUUGUCCCAGAUUGAGGUCCUGCUCCUGCCGUGUGCGCCACUGCUUUGCCUGUGCUUUGCACCUGCUUCUUUUGGACUUUUCGCACUGUUCGAUCAAGAUACAGAACAAAUCAACAGUGGAGAGGUGCAAUUGACAGGAUUUUAAAUAGGAUUUUAAAAGGGUAGUUUGGUCUCACGGAACAAUGUUCUGCAUCAGAUCAUGUGUUCAACCUCACUGCUGUUCGGGAUCCACAGCAUUCAGUCUGCCUGUGUCUCUCGUCUGUCCCUCAGGUAUACACACCAUAGCAGCCCAACUCCUGGGCUCUGGGGCGUCCAUCAACGACACCAUGUCCAAUGGUCAGACCCUGCUGCACAUGGCCAUCCACAGACAGGACAGCAAGAGUGCCCUAUUCCUCCUGGAGCACCAGGCUGACAUCAAUGUCAAGUAGGAGGACAGGAUGGGGACAAUAAGUCACAGAUCAGGAGCUUCAUAAACCAGCAGUUGCAUUUCUCAAUUCUUUAUUUCCCCUCGAGGGGAAUUUAAUUUGCCUUCUUAAAAGUCAGACAACGUAUCAUACAAAAACAAUGGAGCAGUCUCCCAUUUUAUACAACAAUGCAAAGAUGUAUGGUAGCACAAGCCAUAGAUGAUAUGAUCUGUAGUGUUGCACAUUGGCUGUGUAUCCCUGUGAGGUGUUUAUGUAAGUAGGUGUAAAAGACCGACAUGUCUCCCUCCCCGCAGAACCCAGGAGGGUGAGACUGCGCUGCAGCUGGCCAUCAGUAACCAGCUCCCCCUGGUGGUGGACGCAAUCUGCACACGGGGGGCCGACAUGUCCGUGGUGGACGAGAGGGGACACCCCCCUCUGUGGCUGGCCCUGGAGAACGGCCUAGAGGACAUCGCCUCCACACUGGUGAGACCUGAGGAAGAGGGGGGGUAAAGAAGGCGGCGAAGUGGGAGGAAGUGUGGUGGUUGUGGAAAUGGGAGCUCACAGAUGAAUGCAAAUAAGUGACCAUGGAAUCCCAUGAUGGUUGUAUGUGAGAGCCUCAACUCAGUAUGCUAGUCUAUAACGUGCAUGUCAUAAGUAGGGCGAGGAGUCAUCCAGGUCAGGAAAAAAAAACUCCUGGCCGGUCCUAGUUUUGAGUGGGAUUGGUAUGUGAAUAUGUCUGCUGGUCUCUGCUACUGUAGGUCCGACACGGUUGUGACGCCACCAGUUGGAGCUCUGGUCCCUCAGGCUGUCAGCAGACCCUCCUCCACAGGGCUGUGGAUGAGAACAACGAGGUCACCGCCUGCUUCCUCAUCCGCAGGUCUGUCUGAUCACUCAUCCCUCACAACGCACUCAUUCCUCUUGAUCAAAUUAACAUAUUUGUAGAAUGGAGAGAGUGUUGCCGACCCCGCCUCAAUGGGUGGCUGCACUCAUCCUUUACUAUGGUCUCACAGCAAAUGAUACUCAUCCCUCUUUUAUAGCAAAUAUAUAAACUGCUUUUUAUAUCCGAGAGAGUGGCACCUCACCUUCUAAUGCCCUUAUCCAUCAAUGUGCCCAUAAUCCUUUUUGCGGCAUUUGUUGAUAACUAAAUCUGAAAAUACUCUGGAUAGGGCUGGGCGAUAUGGCUAAAAUAUAAUAUCACAAUAGUUUUCAAAUCACUAUUUUUGUAAUCUUUGACAGUAUUUUAUGUUUUUGAAUAAUAAAACUUCUACAUUUGCUGUAUGAGUAGUGCGUGACCCUACGGCGGCAACACAUACAUGAUUUCGUGAUUUCAAUGGGUCUUUCUCCUUUCUGAUUGUUUUAUACUGUUCAACUUCAACCAAAAAUAAUUUCCAGUAUUUUCAUCAAUUUCUGCAUUUCCUGCACUCAUUUGAGAUCAUUUCCACACUGCCACGUAGGGCUGUACGAUAUGGGCAAAAAAUCAAGGCCUUAUUUUUAACCAAAUGUUGCAAUUGCUAUUUGACCAUUUUUUAGAUCAAAACACUUGGGUGAACUGUUGGAAUCAUGGAAAUUGAAUGAUUAUUCUAAUUCUAUAGUUAGAAUAUAAUAGUGGGCACUUUGAAUACAGUGUUGUUUGACAUGACAACUAAUGAAAAUGCCAGGGAGGAGUUAUUGUGACCGGGUAGGAACCAAAGUGUUGGUCAGUGUUUUCUAGGGGACCCCAUAAUCUUUGGCUACCUUAAAUGUUUAUUCUUCAUGUAGCCAACAUAUUCAUGCUUUGCCUAUUCCUCUUUGACAUAGAAGAUAUUGUUGCACAAUCAAUAUGCUGAUUUAGGCCUACACCAUCACUGGUACCAGGCUGGACAGCUAGCUACGUUUGCUCUGACUCAGUACAUUUAUUAGCUAGCUAGCUAACACUAUUUAGCAAGAACAUGCUAAGAAUUGUUGUUCACUCGAUCCCCCCCCCCCCCCCCCCCCCCCCCCCAAAAAAAAAAUAACUUGCUAAGAAAAGACAAACUAGCUGUUUGCAGAUGUAAGAAACACAAACUAAUAGUGCAAUUAUAGAACGCAUGUGGAUUUAUAUUAAGAAGCAAAGUGGAAACAUCGUUGUCAUCAACAUUGUUGCAUGUGCUGCAUUGACCAUGCAGACUGAACACAAGUCCCUCCUGGUCAAGCAACAACAAAUGCGCUCCUUGAGUGACGUGGCGUGGAGAGGGAUGACUCAAGUAGCGGUGUAAACUAUAAAAAUGUACGUUACACACGGCAUAUCACAUUUUAACAAACCCAACAUUCAAAUACUGUUAGAAGGUAAAGUAAAAACCCAAACUGGUCCUUGCAUCAAUACCGGUAUAUUGGGUAAGGUGGGCAUGAUUAUAAAUGAUAAAAUAUUUUCAACCCGGGUUAAGCCAGUGUUUUUUUGGGGGGGUUGGUUUUACUGUUUAGCAGAGCCUGGGUCUGGGUGAUGAUCAAGCUCACACUUAUUGUUGUUUGGCUGCUAAUUCAAGUGGUAGUAUUUCUGUCUGUAAUAAAGCCCUUUUGUGGGGAUAAAGUUAUUCUGAUUGGCUGGGCCUGGCUCCCCAGUGGGUGGGCCUAUGCCCUCCAAGGCGCACCACCCAUGGCUGCACCCCUGCCCAGUCUUGUGAAAUCCAUAGAUUGGGGCCUAUUGAAUUUAUUUCAAUUGACCUGAUUUCCUUAUGAACUGUAACUCAGUAAAAUAUUUGAAAUUGUUGCAUGUUGCGUUUAUAUAUUUCUAUUCAGUAUAGUUGAGGAAUCCAUCUUGGUUCUGAAUGAGUCAGCAAGAGGAUGUAGUUUCAUGGUUAAUCAGUGUGAUCCAUGCCUUAUGACUGUGUAAACUCACACACAGCCCAUACAAAUCUGUCCCAGCCAACAGGCUUACUGUAGCUCUGUAAUUACCUCAGGUGAUCUGUCUUGUCGACAGAGCCACUUUAUCAUGCCAACUCGUUCAUGGGGUAACUGGGUGUAUUUCUAAUGUUGGUUUAACAGAGGAAUGAAAGGGUAAAGACACUUAGCGCUUUGAAAUUGAGUUUUUUAUUUACAGGAUCUAUAUCAAAUAGUGAUCUAUCUACAGUGUUUUCUAGUCGAGUGUACGCUGCUCUGUCAAUGGCUUCCAACGCUCUAGUUUCUUACUGUAACCUGUUGGUAUAGUGCCAGCUGAAAUGUGUCUAAUCCUGUCUCUCCUCUAGUGGUUGUGAUGUGAACAGCCCGCGGCGUCCGGGUCCUAGCGGAGAGGGGGAUGAGGAGGCCAGGGACGGACAGUCACCCCUCCACCUGGCAGCCAGCUGGGGGCUGGAGGAGGUGGUGCAGUGCCUUCUGGAGUUUGGGGCCAAUGUCAACACACAGGUAUGUCUCACUUACUUACUUAGGCCUUUUACUCCUCAUGGAGCCUAGGCCAUCUACAACAGCUUUUCAGCAUAUGCAGUCUCACUGACUGUCAAUCCACAGGUCAGUCUCACCAGGCAGUCACUCCUCUAAGCACAGGAAUCUCCCACUCCUCACUUUUAAUAGAUUCCUCCACUUUGAGAGUCAUGAUCUAAAAGCAUGCUUAAUGAGUGAGUGAGAGUGAGUGGGCGGCAGGUAGCUUAGUGGUGAAGAGCGUUGUGCCAGUAACCGAAAGGGCGCUGGUUCUAAUCCCCGAGCCGACUAGGUGACAAAUAUGUCGAUGUGCCCUUGAGCAAGGCACUUAACCCUAAUUGCUCCUGUAAGUCGCUCUGGAUAAAAGCGUCUGCUAAAUGACGUAAAUGUAAAAAAAAAUGUAAAUGAGUAUCUCGCGUCUGUCCCAUCCAAGUCCAUUGAUUGUGGCUAAUAUGAGCUAUGUCUACCCAGGACUCAGAGGGCCGGGCUCCAAUUCACGUUGCCAUUAGCAGCCAGCACAAUGUCAUCAUCCAGCUGCUCAUAUCCCACCCGGACAUACGUCUGAACGCGCGUGAUCGCCUGGGCAUGACCCCCUUCGCCUGCGCCAUGACACACAAGAACAACAAGGCUGCAGAGGCCAUCCUCAAGAGAGAGCCCGGGGCUGCCGAACAGGUGAGAGAGACUCACACAAACACACACACACCACUUCUCCCUGUUUAUUUUGUCACAUACUACCCCGUUACUUUACCUUUGUUAUAGUGAUGGGCAUUUGAAAUCAGUCAAAAGUUUGGACACACCUACUCAUUCAAUGGUUUUUCUUUAUUUUUACUAUUUUCUACAUUGUAGAAUAAUAGUGAAGACAUCAAAACUAUGAAAUAACACAUGGAAUCAUGUAGUAACCAAAAAGGUGUUCUUCAAAUAACCAACCUUUGCCUUGAUGACAGCUUUGCACACUCUUGGCAUUCCCUCAAUCAGCUUCAUGAGGAAUGCUUUUCCAACAGUCUUGAAGGAGUUCCCACAUAUGCUGAGCACUUGUUGGCUGCUUUUCCUUCACUCUGAGGUCCGACUCAUCCCAAACCAUCUCAAUUGGGUUGAGAUUGGGGGAUUGUGGAGGCCAGGUCAUCUGAUGCAGCCCUUACACAGCCUGGAGGUGUGUUGGGUCAUUGUCCUGUUGAAAAACAAAUGACAGUCCCACUAAGCCCAAACCAGAUGGGAUGGUGUAUCGUUGCAGAAUGCUGUAGUAGCCAUGCUGGUUAAGUGUGCCUUGAAUUCUAAAUAAACCACAAACGGUGUCACCAGCAAAGCACACCCACACCAUCACACCACCUCCUCCAUGCUUCACGGUUGGAGCCACACAUGCAGAGAUCAUCCGUUCACUUACUCUGCGUCUCACAAAGACACAGCGGUUGUAACCAUACAUCUCAAAUUUGGACUCAUCAGACCAAAGGACAGAUUUCCACCAGUCUAAUGUCCAUUGCUUGUGUUUCUUGGCCCAAGCAAGUCUCUUCUUAUUAUUGGUGUCCUUUAGUAGUGGUUUCUUUGCAGCAAUUCGACCAUGAAAGCCUGAUUCACGCAGACAGUUGAUGUUGAGAUGUGUCUGUUACUUGAAUUCUGUGAAGCAUGUAUUUGGGCUGCAAUCUGAGGUGCAGUUAACUCUAAUGAACUUAUCCUCUGCAGCAGAGGUAAGCCAGUUUCAUCAUAGUGCUUGAUGGUUUUUGCGACUGCGCUUGAAGAAACGUUAAAAGUUCUUGAAAUGUUCCGUAUUGACUGACCUUCAUGUCUUAAAGCAAUGAUGGACUGUCAUUUCUCUUUGCUUAUUUGAGCUGUUCUUGCCAUAAUAUGAAUAUUAUUCUACAAUGUAGAAAGUAGUAAAAAAAUAAAGAAACCCUUGAGUGAGUAGGUGUGUCAACUCUUGACUGGUACUUUAUAUAGUUUCAGCUUAAAUGGAGACUUGUUCGCGCGACUCAGGAUAGAGCCAUAAUUUGAAAGCGUGUUCUGUUGCCAACAUGGCUAGCUAAGUUACAAAAUACGAUUGUAAUUUUGGUGCGCCUACAAUAGUCCGGUGCAUUCAAGUGCGUGUUCCCUGUCAAAUUUCUUCACAAUACAACAAACAGCUUUUUCUGAACAGAAUGAUCCUAAGGUAUGAUGCUAUGUCAUCUUGUGACUUUACAUCAAGCAUAGUGAUCAUAAACGUUGACACUGUAUAUGACAUGAGUUUUAUGAGUCCAAAUGUGCACUUCACAUUUCCAAAUAAUGGGUGUUUUGGAUUGCUUGUAUGACAUCAAAGCUGUAUUUAUUAUAAUCUUCAACGUCUCCUCUUUCAAAAUACACUGCUCAAAAAAAUAAAGGGAACACUUAAACAACACAAUGUAACUCCAAGUCAAUCACACUUCUGUGAAAUCAAACUGUCCACUUAGGAAGCAACACUGAUUGACAAUACAUUUCACAUGCUGUUGUGCAAAUGGAAUAGACAACAGGUUUGCUGUGUCUGUCAGCGUAGUGUCCAGAGCAUGGAGGCGCUACCAGGAGACAGGCCAGUACAUCAGGAGACGUGGAGGAGGCCGUAGGAGGGCAACAACCCAGCAUCAGGACUGCUACCUCCGCCUUUGUGCAAGGAGGAGCAGGAGGAGCACUGCCAGAGCCCUGCAAAAUGACCUCCAGCAGGCCACAAAUGUGCAUGUGUCUGCUCAAACGGUCAGAAACAGACUCCAUGAGGGUGGUAUGAGGGCCCGACGUCCACAGGUGGGGGUUGUGCUUACAGCCCAACACCGUGCAAGACGUUUGGCAUUUGCCAGAGAACACCAAGAUUGGCAAAUUCGCCACUGGUGCCCUGUGCUCUUCACAGAUGAAAGCAGGUUCACACUGAGCACGUGACAGAGUCUGGAGACGCCGUGGAGAACGUUCUGCUGCCUGCAACAUCCUCCAGCAUGACCGGUUUGGCGGUGGGUCAGUCAUGGUGUGGGGUGGCAUUUCUUUGGGGGGCCGCACAGCCCUCCAUGUGCUCGCCAGAGGUAGCCUGACUGCCAUUAGGUACCGAGAUGAGAUCCUCAGACCCCUUGUGAGACCAUAUGCUGGUGCGGUUGGCCCUAGGUUCCUCCUAAUGCAAGACAAUGCUAGACCUCAUGUGGCUGGAGUGUGUCAGCAGUUCCUGCAAGAGGAAGGCAUUGAUGCUAUGGACUGGCCCGCCCGUUCCCCAGACCUGAAUCCAAUUGAGCACAUCUGGGACAUCAUGUCUCGCUCCAUCCACCAACGCCACGUUGCACCACAGACUGUCCAGGAGUUGGCGGAUGCUUUAGUCCAGGUCUGGGAGGAGAUCCCUCAGGAGACCAUCCGCCACCUCAUCAGGAGCAUGCCCAGGCGUUGUAGGGAGGUCAUACAGGCACGUGGAGGCCACACUCACUACUGAGCCUCAUUUUGACUUGUUUUAAGGACAUUACAUCAAAAUUGGAUCAGCCUGUAGUGUGGUUUUCCACUUAAGUUUUGAGGGUGACUCCAAAUCCAGACCUCCAUGGGUUGAUAAAUUUGAUUUCCAUUGAUCAUUUUUGUGUGAUUUUGUUGUCAGCGCAUUCAACUAUGUAAAGAAAAAAAGUAUUUAAUAAGAUUACUUCAUUCAUUCAGAUCUAGGAUGUGUUAUUUUAGUGUUCCCUUUAUUUUUUUGAGCAGUGUACAUCGAGUCCUCAUUAUUUACAUCAGUUUCCUCACACAGACAACAAAACAUUUGCAAAAGGUGCCCAAUUAGCGGGAGUGAUGGGAGUAACUUCUUUUCAGGCGUUGUUCAAGUUAAGAACCACUGUCAGUCAAAACAAUACUGCGCUGUGAAGCGGAGACCUUGAGCUCUGACAUCAUGUAUAACGUGUUACUAUACUGCUACCGUGUUCCAAUUUAGGUGCUUAUCAGUUUUCAAAUCUGUUCUUUUGAACCCGUAUACGGGUACGAGUGUAAAGAGUUAAAAUAGGCCGCAUACUAACGUCCGUUCAGCUAUUUAAAUAACCGUGCCCAUCCCUCCUUUGUUAGUAACGCCAAACACAUUGUGUAUGAUGAAGUCUAACCCACAAUCAUUCUCUUUCCUCUCAGGUGGAUAACAAAGGGCGUAACUUCCUGCAUGUGGCGGUGCAGAACUCUGACAUCGAAAGUGUUCUGUUCCUGAUCAGUGUCGAGGCCAACGUGAACUCCCGGGUGCAGGACGCUGCCAAGCAGACUCCUCUACACCUGGCUGUUCAGGCUGGCUCGGAGAUCAUCGUCCGCAACCUAGUAAUGAUACCUAUCCUACCUCCUCACCUGGAGCUAAACGGCUUUCUCACCAGUGUGAGAAGCUGUUAUUCUGUCUGAAUAGCUGUGUCUGUGGGCUCUAUUUUAACAAACCUAAGUUGAUCUUGGCGCUCUUGCGUGGCACUAUAGCACAGUGGGAAUCAAUGGCGCAGUAGCUGGCCGUGGCACGAAAGGGCUGGGUUUUGAUGCAACAUGCUCCAUGGCUUUAUACUGUCACGGUGUGGUGGUAUUAACCAAACCCAAGAAAAUGGAGCCCCAAGUGUUGUCUAUCUAGGAUGUUUCGUCAUGGUGUGCAGAUUACCAGAUUGUGACAUGUUUAAUAUGUCAGGAACCACAUGAAUAUGCUGUUCUGAGAUACGGAACUCAAAUGUAAAAGAGACAACCUUGAAUGCAACCAACGUCUCUGUGUGUCUGAGAUGCUUGUGUGUCUGAUUUCGACUCCUAUCUGACUCUUAUGUCCAUUGCAGCUGCUGGCAGGGGCCAAAGUGAAUGAGCUGACCAAACACAGACAGACAGCUCUACACCUAGCGUCCCAGCAGGACCUGGCUACUAUCUGCUCUGUGCUGCUGGAGAACGGAGUGGACUUCACCGCUGUGGACGAGAAUGGCAACAACGGUACCGACUGAGCAGUAAUGUAGGCUGUGUCCCAAAUGGCACCCUAUUCCCCAUGUAUAGUGCACUACUUUUGACCAGGGAAUUGGAGAAUAGGGUGCCAUUUGGGACUCAACCAUAGAUGAGAUCAAAUAAAAUGUUAUUUGUCACAUGCGCCGAAUACAACAGGUGUAGACCUUACAGUGAAAUGUUAACCAACAAUGCAGUUUUAAGAAAGAAUACCCCCCCCCCCCAAAAAAAUGUGUGUGUGUAUAAAGAGCAGCAGUAAAAUAACAAUAGCGAGGCUAUAUACAGGGGGCACCGGUACAGAGUCAAUGUGCGUGGGCACUGGCCAGGCGAGGCAAUAUAUACAUGUAGGUAGAGUUAUUAAAGUGACUAUGCAUAGAUAGGAAACAGAGUAGUAGCAGCAGCAGCGCAAAAGGGGGGGGGGGCGUGCAAUGCAAAUAGUCUGGGUAGCCAUUUGAUUAGAUGUUCAGGAGUCUUAUGGCUUGGGGGUAGAAGCUGUUUAGAAGCCUCUUGGACCUAGACUUGGCGCUCCGGUACCGCUUGCCGUGCGGUAGCAGAGAGAACAGUCUAUGACUAGGGUGGCUGGAGUCUUUGACAAUUUUUAGGGCCUUCCUCUCACACCGCCUGGUAUCGAUAUCCUGGAUGGCAGGAAGCUUUGCCCCAGUGAUGUACAGGGCUGUACGCACUACCCUCUGUAGUGCCUUGCAGUCGGAGGUCGAGCAGUUGCUAUACCAGGCAGUGAUGGAACCAGUCAGGAUGCUCUCGAUGGUGCAGCUGUAGAACCUUUUGAGGAUCUGAGGACCCAUGCCAAAUCUUUUCAGUCUCCUGAGGGGGAAUAGGUUUUGUCGUGCCCUCUUCACGACCGUCUUGGUGUGAUUGGACCAUGUUAGUUUGUUGGUGAUGUGGACACCAAGGAGCUUGAAGCUCUCAACCUGCUCCACUACAGCCCCGUCGAUGAGAAUGGGGGCAUGCUCGGUCCUCUUCUUUUUCCUGUAGUCCACCAUCUCCUUUGUCUUGAUCACGUUGAGGGAGAAGUUGUUGUCCUGGCACCACACGGCCAGGUCUCUGACCUCCUCCCUAUAGGCUGUCUCGUCGUUGUCGGUGAUCAGGCCUACCACUAUUGUCUUUGGCAAACUUAAUGAUGGUGUUUGAGUCGUGCCUGGCCAUGCAGUCAUGAGUGAACAGGGAGUACAGGAGGGGACUGAGCACGCACCCAUGAGGGGCCCCCGUGUUGAGGAUCAGCAUGGCGGAUGUGUUGUUACCUACCCUUACCACCUGGUGGCGGCCCGUCAGGAAGUCCAGGAUCCAGUUGCAGAGGGAGGUGUUUAGUCCCAGGGUCCUUAGCUUGGUGAUGAGCUUUGAGGGCACUAUGGUGUUGAACGCUGAGCAUAGUCAAUGAAUAGCAUUCUCACGUAGGUGUUCCUUUUGUCCAGGUGUGAAAGGGCAGUGUGGAGUGCAAUAGAGAUUGCAUCAUCUGUGGCUCUGUUGGGGCGGUAUGCAAAUUAGAGUGGGUCUAGGGUUUCUGGGAUAAUGGUGUUGUGUGAGCCAUGACCAGCCUUUCAAAGCACUUCAUGGCUACAGACUUGAGUGCUACGGGUUGGUAGUCAUUUAGGCAGGUUAUCUUAGUGUUCUUGGGCACAGGGACUAUGGUGGUCUGCUUGAAACUUGUUGGUAUUACAGACUCAGACAGGGAGAGGUUGAAAGUGUCUGAAGACACUUGCCAGUUGGUCAGGACAUGCUCGGAGUACACAUCUUGGUAAUCCGUCUGGCCCUGCGGCCUUGUGAAUGUUGACCUGUUUUUAAAGGUCUUGCUCACAUCGGCUACGGAGAGCUUGAUCACACAGUCAUCCGGAACAGCUGAUGCUCUCAUGCAUGUUUCAGUGUUACUUGCUUCGAAGCGAGCAUAGAAGGAAUUUAGCUCAUCUGGUAGGCUCGUGUCACUGGGCAGCUCGCGGCUGUGCUUCCCUUUAUAGUCUGUAAUAGUUUGCAAGCCCUGCCACAUCCGACGAGCGUCGGAGCCGGUGUAGUACGAUUCGAUCUUAGUCCUGUAUUGAUGGGGCUGUUUCAGCUUAGAUUACAUUUCCAACUCCUGUAAUUGAAUUAGUUUGAAAUUCUGCUAUGCAGUACCCUGCACUCACUGUUUCUUUGUCCCUCAUCUCAGUUUAGCUCGUUCUAAUACUCAGGUUGUCUUCUGUCUUUUCUGUCCUCAGCACUGCACCUGGCCGUAA